CUCGCACCUUUGGAGCCAAAGGAAAUGAACCGAAGCUCACAGCCAUUUCAUUUGGAGAUAACCAAAUCAUCCGAUAUACGCCAAUGGGUUCAAGUUCCUCAAAGGGUUCAAGUUCAUCUUCCUCAAGAGAUUCCCCAAAGGGUUCAAGCACAUCUUCCUUAAAAGACUCCUCAAAGAAGUCAUUAAAGAAAUCAAAAAAGGGGCCAAAAUCUUAUUGUCCAGAUGAAUGUGAAGGUUUAGUUUGCCGUUGUGAAGAUAAAAAUUGGUAUCAGGUUAUAAAAAAGAAACUUGAUGCCCUCAACAAUGAUGAAUACAAAUCUUUACUUCAGAACCUGGAGAUCGAAAGUCAACAUGAUCUUAUUUACUUAUUUGGGGACAAAGAUCUCUUUUUGAAAAAAUUUCUUACAAUACAAGCUGAAAGACAUGAGAAAUUACUAGAAGAGAUGAAGUCGGAAGUACGUCAAUUGAGGGACUUUCAACAAUAUCACCAAGAAAUAACAGAAGAUUCAUAUAGUAAUAUUUGGAAAAAUAUGCUUGAAUAUAGAGGGCAAAGCAAGAAGUACAAUAUUUAUUUAUUUAUUGAAAAAUUAGGAAAUUUUGAUAAUAAUGUUUGCAAAAAAAUUGGUAAUUUCUUUUAUCGUUAUGGAGCAUUUCAUGUCGGACUCGAGAUAGAUGGUAUUGUCGUAGAAUGGGGCUGUGGUCUUGCAGGCUCCAGUAUCGUAUAUCCAAGACCUGAUUCCAGGAGAAUGCUUGCAUAUGUACGAUUAAAUUAUGAGAAAAUAGAUCCUGUGUCUAAUUCCAAAGAAUCGUUAUCUAAUUCCAAAGGGCUGAUAUCAGCCACAACUUUAACUACAAUUGGAGCCACAGCUGUAACUACAAUUGGAGCUACAAUUGCAAUUGGUGCCGCAGCUGUAACUCCAAUUCCAUUAUUCUGUGCCAUUACGCUAUUAAUUUUUGGUCUAUGUUAUUCAUAUAAGGUAAUCUAUUAUUUGGGAGAGAUUAAUAAGAAUAGAUUACAUCUGCUUGCUGAAAAAUGUGUUUAUUACAACAAAACUCAUUAUUAUUCGCCUCUAAAGCCCAAUUGCCAAGAUUUUGUGGAUGAGAUGCUAGGAUCUCUUGGCAUAAAAUUUAAUCCCAAAGGAGAAUUUCUUGAAUUCAUGGGUAGAAUCAAAAAUGGAGAUGCUUCAUUUCAAUUGGGCACUACAUUUGAAUCAAGAAAGGUCUUCGAUAAUUAUGUAGAUGCCCACUGGGAUGGAAUUAAAAAUGAAUGGGAUAAGAAAUUACUUAUAUGUUAUUCAGAUGUAAUGGAUAGCUUAUAUCAGCGUGGCGAGGAUGCAUGGGUCCUAUAA